CAAACAUGGGCAUUUUCGGUAUUCCAUAAACAGAUAGACGUAUAAAUACCUCUUUACUCCUUCCUUCUUCAGCUCCCUGUUUCCUGCGGCGUUACCGUUCAGUCUCCAAACCCUACCAAGAUGAAUCGGGAGAAGCUCAUGAAGAUGGCCGGUGCAGUUCGCACUGGUGGAAAGGGGAGCAUGAGAAGAAAGAAGAAGGCCGUCCACAAGACCACGACCACUGAUGAUAAAAGGCUUCAGAGCACACUGAAAAGAAUAGGGGUGAAUGCAAUCCCAGCCAUUGAAGAAGUCAACAUCUUUAAAGAUGACCAUGUCAUCCAGUUCCAAAACCCAAAAGUGCAAGCUUCGAUUGCUGCCAAUACUUGGGUUGUUAGUGGUUCUCCUCAGACAAAGAAGCUGCAGGAUCUGUUACCUGGGAUCAUCAAUCAGCUAGGGCCUGAUAACUUGGACAAUCUGAGAAGGCUUGCAGAACAGUUUCAGAAGCAGGCACCGGCUGCAGGUGCUGCCACGCAGGAGGAUGAUGAUGAUGACGGUGAUGUCCCAGAGCUUGUUCCUGGAGAGACAUUUGAAGCGGCUGCAAAUGAGGGUCAGGCUUCUUAGGGAAGGGAAGUUUUUCAUUUCCAUUUUUUUUUUUCUGAAAGUUUUUUUUUUUUUUGUUGUUGGUUGUUUAAAUCAGUGUUUCUUAUUUUGUGACAUACUGAAAAGGCAGGUUUUUUCGUUGUCAUCAGUAGGGGAAAAAAAACCAGAGUUACCUUUUAUUUCGCUUGCAUGUAUGUGAGAUCCAUCAUCAUGAAAGAGUUAGUGUUGGCAUGAUGAGGGUUAGGGUAUCCUCUUUCAUUUAUUCGCCUAUGAAAUUACAAAUUUGUUCC